CAACUCCACUCGCCCACCGAAGACUAUCUGACCUUAUUUUAUAUCACAUCCAAAGACUUAUUUACCGCACAAUAGUUCAGCCCCCCAACACCGCCUCCGUUCACAAUGGCUAUCUCCAACCCUUUCGCCUCGGACUCUUCCCCCCAGUCCACCACCUCCGCCGAGAUGAAAGCCGCCAUAAUUCAACAGCUCCAAUCUGAGUCGGCGAUAACAAACGCACGCACACUUAUGGAGAAAAUUAACUCGAACUGCUUCGAGAAAUGUAUCUCCUCGCCACCAGGCUCGACAUUCUCCUCCAAGGACCAAACCUGCCUCACAGCCUGCAUGGAAAAGUACAUUUCGCUGUGGAACGCCACCAGCAGAGCAUACGUUUCGCGCCUGAGCCGAGAGCAGGAGAAGAGCGGACUUGGCGGCGGGAAUAUAACGCUUAAUGAUAUCGGUGGGGGAGAGGGUAGUUUUUGAGGGGCUUGAGUGAGAAUUAUGCAAUUGCAACAGCGAGGGUCUUUGCUAUGAGGGAAUUUAUCGGGUUGUGAUGGCAUAGGAGGAUGCAAUACUAUGAGAUUGACUGAACCUUAUUCGGUCUCCUCGUCCUAUACCCUAAUGUUCAGGGUGGGUUAUUAAAACUCGUCAUCUUCAUCUCGCGAACAAACGCCGUUUAUACUGGAGUUAUUUGCGCGGAUGAAGAUAAUAAUUUGUAUACUAGCAUGCUCAGGUACAGAAUAUAUGGUAUUUGGGAUAGCCAUUCGU